UCCGAGCCCGUCGGUCCGGCCCGGCCGCGCUCCCGCUGCCGCCCCGCCAUGUGGCUGCUGGUCGCCUCCGUGCUGCUCGGCGCCUUGCGCGCAGGUUCUGCGAAGUUGACACUCACUGGACCAGACGUUGUUGAAAAAAAUGACUGUAACGAAACUGUCAUUUUGCCUUGUUAUGUGACUGACCUAAGGAAGAACAAUGAAACUGUCAUGUUUGUUACAUGGAGAAAAGAAGGAAAGAUAAUUUUUUCUUUUCGUGGAGGAAAAAACGAAUUUUAUAGAGAUGGAGACUUUUCUUCAGCAAAAUUGUUAUCUCGGGCGGAUUUAACCAAGGGCGUGGCCUCUCUGGUGCUUACCACUAGACAAGCAACUGUUGGAAAUUACAGUUGUGAAGUAACAGAAUCAAACACAGAAGGAGACACAAAAAUGGAACUUAGGCAGAGCUCAGUUGUCAGUUGCGGCGAUGAAAAUGCAACACCAAAGGAAGAAUGUGGAUCAUGGUUCCUCCUAGUGGAAAGGGCUAUCAUCAUAUCAUUGCUGUGCAUAGUUAUUAUUUUGUGUGCGGCUCAGCUCACUGUUAUUGCAUUAAAAUAUGAUAUUGAAUCUCAAAGGAAAGUGUGCAUCAUAGUAGCAGUUGUCAUCUUAGCAGUUGUAGCUGGUGUAGGCACUGCUCUUUUCGUCCAAGAUGGCUACACUGCACUGAAUCAAGCUGGUCUUGGCCUAAUUGUAGUCCCUGCUGUGGUUUUGGUACCACUACAAUACUUCAUGUUUGGAAUUGUUUUUGACAGUCUACCUCAUACAACACUGGCUCUGAUAGGUUUGAAAAUUCUUGGUUAUAUAAUUGCAGUGGUUGGUUUUGCACUGUGUGUCCCAGCCUGUCCUCCAUUACAUGCCUCUGUUCUGAUUGCUGGCUUAGCUAUUAUGGCUACUGCAAGUUUGCUCAGUCUGGUUUACGUGUUUAUUAUGGGUUCCAGAAUGAAAGAUCAUCCUCGUCCAGGGAAAGCUGUAGAAGAACCACUAAAUGAUGCAAAAGGAGUGAUGUUAGAAUGAUGAACUGCAAAGUUAUGUGAUGCGUGAACAAAAUGUACACCGUUGUUGAUACACCGUGGCCUUGAAGAUGCACUACUCAACGAGAAGAAAUUCAGGAAACUGGUUGUUUUGCAUGUGUGGCAAAAGUGCUUUUGAUAUAAAUGACGUAAUUUUAUAGUCACAGCAGCUGUAGCAAGGAACAUGUGUUUUUGCCCACAUGUGAUCUUUAUUUUCUUUUGUUAUGGUAUAUAUGGGAUGGUUGAGGGUGAGAAUAUAGAAAGCACUGUUUGCCCACUGCAGGGUCUCCCUGCAGUAAUCCUUAGUGGUAUUAUUUUCAAAAACUAUCAUUAGUCACUGCUUUGAUAAUGGGCCUGCUCAGCCCAGAGGUUGCAAUACCAUUUAGACUAUUGUUUUCUUUAUUUGUGUGCAUGGGCAAAGUAUGGUCUAUGUGUGUGAUACAAGCAGGAAGUAGAGACUGUAAAAAUACAUCUUUUCUGACAUUCAGCAAAACUUGUAUAAGAAAAAGUAAAACCUUUUACACAAAGUUGCAUAAGUACAAAGUUUACUCCCAGUUCUCCUGAAGUCAUUAACAGAGUUCUAAUUCCACAAAACACUAGUAUUCCUCUCUCUGGACAGUAGCCAUGUAUGCUGUGGUGGCCAGUAUUUUUGUCCAGUGAGAGAACUCUCCGUGCCUCCUCUGUAUUCCUGGAUGAGAAACUGCUCAGCUGUUGGAGCCUAAUUCAGCACUGGAAUUACGGAGCACAGCAGUUAGUAAUUUUCAUGCUGAAUGUGGUUCUUGUGUGUGUGUUCAUGUUGUGCAGUGUGUGGUACUGGAAGCAAUUUCAGGCUUUCUUAACUCAGUGAAUUUGUAAAAGUCGUGGAUGCUUCAUAAAAAUAGGAGUUGUCCUAUUUAGUGUAUUUUUGGCAGAGUUUUAAAAUCUUGUUUUCUUGAAUGGAAAAAAGGAGCUAUAUAAUUUUUCACCGAAGUUUAUGUUGCUGCCAUUAUAUCACAAAUACAUAAAAUACAAAGUAAGUAGGAGGAACUGAUGAGACAUGAGGAAGCUCAGUUUCUGUAUAUAUAUAUGUGGUAUAGUUAAAAAUCAGUUUUCUAGGACUUGCACAUUCCAUGGGAUUUUACCACAUUUUACAGCUGUUAUGAGAGUUGUUCCAAUAUACUUGGUUUCUCUUGGACUUUGUGUAUACUUUGUAGAAAUCUUGACACUGUCUGCUGUUUGUACUAAGGUAUUGUAUUUCAAAGAUACACGUGGUUUUCUCCUAACAAUUUAAAACUUGGUUUGGAAAGCUGUUGCCAAGCAGUAACAUAAUAAAAUCCACGUUUUUAAAGAUUCUGAGCAAUUUGGCACUUCUCAGAGUUGAAUGUUACAAAGUAAGGUUCCAUAUCCAUAUUGUGGGUGCAUGUUGCAGAGAUUUGGGUCUCUGCAUGUUGAGCUCCAAGUCUUGAUGCACUUGGCAUCAAGAAUUCAACAAAACAAAAUUGAGAUACCUGAUUUUACAAGAGGUGCUGCUGUAAACAGCCCUCUUGCUAAGGCUGCAGGAUUGAACCAUUUAAAGCAACCUGUGGUCCAGCCCUCACAAGGAUCAGUGGAACUGGGCACAGAGAAGAGAAUCAUUCAUGUGAUAAAACAUGGAAGAAGCAUGUAUGGCUUACACUCACUGUCAUAUUUUGUCAGUGGGAGUGUUCAUGUAAGAUUUGAGCUCCUACCUAUGAAUCUUUUGAUACAGGUUUUUCCAUAAUGUCAGUGAUCUCUAGCUAAAGAUGGGAGAUGAUUCUCCAUUAACAAUUCAGUGUAAGAAUUUAUCUGAUUAGUACUGUGCAGUGCUCCCUAUUUAUAACUAGUGAUUCCCUCUGGCAAGUUGAAAGUCUAGCAGCUGAGGAAUUAAAAAAACCAAAUCAACUGGAAUUCUGUUGAGGUAUUCUGCCUUAUAAAAACUGUUAUGUACAAUAGCUUUAUGUUAACUUCUGUAAAGCAAACUGCAGCAGAACCCGUUUGUGUCACCAUAGGAUCAGGCCGAGCUCAAAACCUGAGGAGCUCAGAGCUCAGUGUCCGUGUAGGAGCUGCAGAAUCAGUUGCCCCAGAAAUGGGAGAAACCCACUGUCCUGUUGUGUCAAGGGCUGGAUUUCUUGUAGGUACAAACAUAAAAGCAAGAGUUUAAAAAGUCAUUGAUACAUCCAGCCCUUUUCCACCAGUAAUUUCAGACCAAAGUUGUUCAUAACUGUAUGCUUUCAUUUGUGUGUGUACAUGUGUGUAUAUAUAAACAUACAGACAUUUGAAAUAUCUAUAGAUCUAUAGUCUUUACCCAAGAAAAUGUUUUUAUUUAUUAAACAAGAAAUGAUUUUGUAAAUAUCGUGCUAAUAUACUUAAAAAAUAAAGUCAUUUUAAGUUGUUUUUGCGGGA